AUGGAUUUCUCAGGAUCUACUGAAGAUCCACACACUUUUGCGAAACCAGAACAAGCACGUGUAACCGAUAUCCAUUUAGAACUGAUUGUGGAUUUUAAGCAAAAAGUUCUUAAAGGAAAAGCGAUAUUGACUAUAAAAAAGAAAUCUUCAAUUAGUGGGAUAUUCUUAGAUAACUAUGGACUUUUUAUAUCACGUGUCACAAAUAUUGAUGGAACAGAUUUAGAUUAUCAUGUUGGAAUCCAUCACAUUUUUGGAAGCUCAUUUUAUGUAGAGUUACCACCAACUGUCGAUACUACUUGCAAUUCUAACAAUGAAUGUAAAAUCGAAAUUGAAUAUAAAACAAGCUCAGAUUCUCCUGCAUUAUAUUGGUUAACAUCUGCACAAACUGCCAAUGGUACACAUCCCUUUUUACUGUCUAACAACAAGCUAAUAUACGCUAGAGCAUGGUUUCCCUGCCAGGACACCCCAUCCGUCAAAUUUACAUACACUGCCAAGAUUUUGGUACCAAAACAUUUUACGGUUCUUAUGUCUGCACUUUUGCAAGCAGUAGACCGCGUGGGACCGGAGCUAGAGGUACAUGAAUUCCGUCAAAUAGAUCCAGUCCCAUCUUAUGCGGUGAUUAUUGCUGUGGGCUCACUACAGAUAAGAUAUCUUAAUGAAAAAUCAAAUAUGUUUAUCGAGAAAAAAUUUAUUGACGAGCCUCCCGAUACAUUUCUUAUUAAUACAGGCAUUAAUACGAUUGAAAGAAUGUUGGAGAUUGCCAAGAGUUUGUGUGGACCUUAUCCUUGGGAUAGGUACGACAUAUGCGUGCUUCCACCAAAUGUCGCUCAUUUGAAAAUAGAAUGUCCACGCGUGAUAUUUAUUUCACCAACUCUACUUGGCGGAGAUCUUACUUCUAUCAGUUCACUCGCUCGCAACAUCUCACAGAGCUGGGCAGGAAAUUAUGUUACAUGUUCCAAUUAUGAGCAUUUGUGGUUAAAUAAGAGUUUCAGCAUUUUUAUUAGCAGGAAAAUUAAAAGUAAAUUACUGAUGCAGAUUAAAGACAUCAAGUCUUUUCUUGAGAGGAAAGAACAAAAUGACUUGAACAAUAUGAUCCAAGGAAUGGAGCAUCCUCACAUGCUAAAGUGCUUAUUACCCAAUUUGACGUGUUUAUUGCCCCAUAAAGCUACUGAAUAUGUACCUUACGAAACGGGAUGUAUGCUUUUAGAUCAUCUAGAGGAAAUAUUAGGGGGAUCCUCAGUAUUCGAACUGUUUCUUAAGUCUUAUUUUCACAAAUUUGCAUUCAAAAGUAUAAACACUCAAGAUUGGAUAAACUACUUGUAUCAAUAUUUUCCCGACGAAAAGGAGAUAUUAGGUAAUAUUACAUGGAACACGUGGUUCCAUGAUAUACCUUUGCCACCUACCGUGCCGGAAAUGACUGCUUGGGAAACAAAGUAUUUCAAAUUAACAGAAGAUUGGGUCAAAUGGAAUUGUAAAAGCCAUACUAAACCUGAUUCCUUAAGAGAUAAAAAGUUCGAUUUUAACGUUGAGAAAAUAAUAUUCUUAAACUAUUUACAUGACUUUCAUGAGAAUUUGACCGAACAGAAACUGGCACUAAUUUUGUAUCGUUACCGUUUCGAAAACCAUAAUGCUGAAAUACGAUUAGCUGGCAAGGCUGUGGAGCGCUUCGCGCGCAUAAACUCACGUCGUUUGUGGCUUCAUGGCGUGGAAGCAAGAGCCGGUGUCCCGCAGGGAUCAGUUCUUGGACCGCUCCUAUUUUCCUUAUUUAUUAAUGAUAUCGGUGCUUUUCUUCGAUUUACGGAGCGCAUAAUUUUUGCCGAUGACACGCAAAUCUAUCGCAAGUGCUUCUUGAGUGAACUGAACGUCGGUCUGCGGCUGGUGGCGCAUGACGUGGGGGUUAUCGCAGAAUUCGCGGCUGUGAAUGGGUUGUCGCUUAAUCUCCAUAAUUCUAAGGUCUUAAUACUGGGAGGCAGGCGGUAUGUCAAGCAGAUUGAUCUUAACAAUCUGCCUCUUAUCGCGGUAAACGGCACCACCAUCCCGUUCGUUACUGAGGCUCGAAAUCUGGGUGUUAUAAUGACCUCAGAUUUGUCCUGGAAGAGCCACGUCAACCAUGAAGUCGAAAAAUUGAGGGAUGCCGAAAAAUUAAAGGAGGCCAAAAAAUUGACGGAAGCCGAAGAACGGAAGGAAGCCGAAAAAUUAAAGGAGAUCGAAAAAUUGAAGGAAGCCAAAGAAUCGAAGAAAACCGAAAAAUUAAGGGAAGCCGGAAAAUCAAAGGAGGCCGAAAAAUUGAAGGAAGUCGAAGAAUUGAAGGAAGAGACGGAGGACACGAGUCAGAAGGAAGAUAAGAGAAAAAGCUCGCAAGGAAGACAGAUGGAAGGAAAGAGAGGGUUGAGCUACAGGAACUAUAAGGAGCAGAAGGAAGGAUACGGAGAAAGAUGUUAA